AUGGUCCUCAUUGGGCUUGUGAUUUUGUCAGUCUCUGUGGCUCUACUAUUUGAGGGACUCCAGGAAAUUCCGGUCACUUAUAUCAAGCCGGCGAACGGUUUUGAAUGGCGUUUAUACGACGGAUUUCGUUCCACAUAUGUUUUGGACAAGCUGGGAAAGGUGCUAGAUAUUGGUAUCCCUGAGGAACAACAUACUACCGUCCAGACUACGCCUAUCCCAACUGGAAUUCUGGCACCGAUGCCGACAGAGGCAGACCGCGUAGUAGAACCAACUAUGACUAGAAACUUUAUUGAACCGCGAGCUUUAAUCGAAAUACCUGAUCAUGCCCAAGCUGGCAAAAUAGAGGGGUUUUUGGAAUCGCUCAAAACAUUCUUUUUUGAUGGCAAAAAUGUCUUCGGCCAAGCCCUCAUAUUUAUUAUCUAUGCCAGCGCCGUACUACUUCUUCUCCGUGCGACACGUACUUACUUUCUAUUCGCAUACACCAUAUGGAAAAGGGGUAGGUUAUAUCUCACUGGUAGAGCAACGCAUGGUGGAAUUGACAAAACGGACGCUGAGUUUGAGCUCCAACGAUAUCUUCUUUUGAGUAAGAUGGAUUUAAUCAAAGCUUCAGCUGAAGUGUUCACAUUAUUAAAAGCUACAGAUGGAGAGAUUAAGCAGCAGAUGGCGAGGAUCACUACUACAUUCGCACAGUGUUCAAAAGAAAUACUCGAGGAAUGUGUGCUCUUGAAGGAGGCUGCGCAUGGCUUGAAGACAGAGUAUACGACCUGGCCGACACGAGAUGAAUUGCUUCGUGACUAUAUUGGAAAUUUCAAGGACUCCCUCACCGCCGCGAAAGAUGAUCUAGACUCUGAAAUCGACAGGCUAAAGAAUCUUAUACCAAACUUUACAGAAGAAUUUCAUCGGACAGUCAGAAGGCUGGAUGCAAAUCUGUUGGGUAGUCUGCCCAUGGUGUAUCUGAAGGAAAGACAGCUCCUCGAGUCGAACAUUAAGACGAUCCGUGAAGCCAUGAACCAGCUUCCUUAUUUCGGGUCUCUAGAACAUGAAGUUGCGUUGGCUAGGACGGAGAUGGAGAAUAUCCAAACCCAGAUGAGGAGCAUGGUCACUGAUAGCCGUGAGGCACUUCGAAAUACGGUUUGCAUAUAUCAGGAGAUAGAUGAGCUAAAAGACAAGUUACGCUAUUUAGAGGAGGAGCUGGCCCCCUCCAGGCUAGCACCCAAAUCAGCCAACAUAAAUGAAAAAGGUUUCCGUGACAUCCCAAAGCUUUCGAUGGUGGGGCUUCCCACCAACGCACUAAAUGAUUUUGGUGGAGAGACAAGCAACACCGAUUAUCAUGGGGACGCGAACUAUGAUAUGCGACAGGGACUGAAGAAACAUGGGAAAGUAGAUGAAAGUGAUAUCGAAUCUUUCUCUUCCUCUCUAGCACGAUCCGUUACAUCAAGCGAGCUUUCUGAGAGUCUGCUAAGGGCCCUGAUGGUAGAACACCCCGCUGACAUUCAUGGUAAAGGGAAAUGGAACAUCGAUGAGAUGCGUCCUAUUCAGUGCCAAUAUCACCACAAUAUCCUACAUUCCAUCGCUUAUUCCCUUGCACAAGGCGUCAUCUCAAAGAACUUUUAG